AUGGAGGCACCCGUGCAUGAGCGAGAAGAGUUGUUGCACGCUCUACGAGGCCUAGCAGGAUCCCCUAACCCGACCACUCCGCCCCCUACGAGGUCGGUACUGUGCCACUGGCGUGUGGCGCUGGAGGCCUAUCGCGCCACCACAGGCAUCGGUGGCACGACCAUCUGCUCCCAUGCCACGUCGCCCGCGGAGCUGCUCGCCGUCAUCAAUCGCCCCCUGCCCUCCUCGCCGCCCGAGCUUCCCUCUCCCCAGCUCGCCGCGCGGCUGCCCAGCAGCGUGGCUCUCGGCCAGCGGUUCGCCUUCGGCCAGCUGGGCACCUGCCUCCACCGCGAGGGCCGCGGGCACCAACCGGCGGACCUGGUGGCCGACCUCCCCAGCCAGGCCAGUGCGCUCAUGAACAGCCCCGGCGGCGGGACUCUCUACUGGGGCCUGCAGCAGACGCAGCAGGGCCUGGUCGUCGCGGGCAUGGAGCCGCCGAGCGACAGCACCAUGGCCCAGGCGGUGGAGGCCGAGCGGGACUACGCCAAGACCUACCACCGGGUCGAGAGGCCCACCGGGGAGCCAGGGCCGCUGGUGGUGGUGGCCUUCACGUUCCGGCCGCGUCCGGGCCUCACCUGUCUCGCAUGCCCGCUCUUCGUCGAUCGGCACGACCCUCGAGGAGGAGGAAGGCGAAGAAGGAGAAGAACAAGAACCCAUCGAGCCGCCCGAGUGCAGAUUAAAAUCGAAGUGAAGGAGGAGGUUAAGGAGGAGGAAGAUGAAGAGAGGCACGAGCAAGUAAAGAACGAGUGGCCGCUGGCUCGGGACAUCGCCGCGCUGCUGCGUGAGAAGCCGGACAAGUCGUGGAUCACGCAGGACAUCAGGCGAGCGCUCCAUCAGAGGCGCGUCAACUGCUCCAAGCUCGACAUCAACCGUACCCUCCACAAGAGCUCCGGAGUGUUCAUCGGCCACAAGGACGGCGGCGACACUGUCUGGCGUCUCAAGUGA